AUGACUGUUAUACCGAUCGUUAUACCGAUUGCAAUUGCCGUCAUACACACAGUAAUGACUGUUAUACCGAUCACUAUACCGAUCGCUAUAACGAUCGGGAGGAAGGAGAGCCGCUGCUGCUGCUGCUGCUGCUGCCCGGAGUGGGGGGGGGGCGCCAGCACUCUCGGAUCUCAUGAACAGCUGGAAUCCAGCCCCUCCCUGGCCGGACUGGUGCUUCAUUCACGGCCGCGCUUCUUCCUUCGCUGCCCAGUCUUGACACCCGUGGGAAUGGAGGUGGAGGAGCCAGACUACCAGAAGCAGUUCGAGGCGGCCGUCAGGUGCAUCCAAGGGCUGCCCAGGAAAGGUUCAUCAUAUCGCCCGUCCUAUGAAGAAAUGUUGCGAUUCUACAGUUACUACAAGCAAGCUACUAUGGGUCAGUGCCAGAUCCCUCGACCAGGGUUUUGGGACCCCAUUGGCAGGUAUAAAUGGGAUGCAUGGAAUCGAUUGGGGAAGAUGACCAAAAAGGAAGCAAUGGUUGCCUACAUCCGGGAGAUGAAGAAGUCAGCCCAGAAGGUCAUUGACACUGUGCCACUGGAUGAGACGUCGGAGGACAUGUUUGACUACUUCAAACCCCUCUAUGAGGUGAUUGAUGAUAUGCCCCGGCCCUCUGAGUCUUUCUUCAAGAAGAAAUUAGCUGCGGACGGGGAGGUUAGUUUCUAUGUUGCUGUCAUGUUGAAGCAACUGCUGUGUUUAAGUGGCAAAAAGCUCUCCAGUGCAAGAGAGGCAGAAUAUUGGGUGCAAGACACAGACAGCAGAGAAAUGGGCAGGAGGCCGUCCACGAAGGAAACGUCUGCCGUGAACCAUCUUCCUGAGAGCCAGGUGGGAGACGCAGGUGGGCAUCGACCUCCCGUGCCCAAGCCAGCCUCAACCUGGGAAGAAGAGCUGAGCAAAAGCGAUCCACAAACCACCCCUGCGGAGAGGGGUUUUGAGGCAGCCAACGUCUCCGCCUGGCAGGAAGUAGAUGAGCGGCUGAGGAGCACCAUCCAGACCCUGCAGAAGAACAUGGAGGAAGUGGUGCGGAGACUCAGCCGUCUGGAAUCGCUGGCCAGCUUGCAAAAGGUCUCUGGUUCGAUUCCUGGCCCGGACCAGGCAGUCAACCACGUGGAAGACGUCUGCCUGAGGCCCUGGAUGCGACUACCGUUCCAAGUAGACAGUAUUGACCUGGACUCGGGGCCAUUUCCGGCCAUGGCAGCUUCCUGUGUUCGUGUGGCCACCAUGGCUGGCCCUCCAAAGGCUGCCUCCACGUUGGUUCAACCUGGCGUCGAGCCGUCCCACCCGCCCGCGCACCUGACUCCACCGACCUUGCUUUUCCUGCUGGCGUGGCCUCUCAUCGUUCAGUGGCUCCUGGGGCGGUUUCAGAGCUGGAAGAGGUGAACUGCAGCCCGUUUUUGUUUUUAAAGCUGCAUUAAAAAACAAAACAACCCACAGCUUUGGCGGCAACGACCGAACGGUUUGGAAGAGUAAACGCUGGACCUUUGCCAGCGCCUCUACCUGCCAAGGACUGCACACGUCACUCUGGGCUGAGCUUCGUGGCGGCAACUGGAGGGUGGGGAGGGGAGGUACUUCAUCCUGUCUACUGCAGGGGCUAGGAAGAAAGGAAGGGCUUGGAGAAAACGAAGCAUUAAUGAAGGUGCAGUCAAGGUUUCUCUGGUCAGUCCCGGGAAGCAGGUGUGCUGCAAAAUGUUGCACUUACCUUUGCAAGACUUUCCACUGCAGGUGAGGCUGGCGAGGCUCUGCUGGAUCUUUCCAGUGAGCUCAGCCUCUGCUCGUAAUUUUCUUUGGCCACAAGCAACCCCACACGCCCUGCCGCUGACCGGGGGGGGGGGGGACGGGGACUUGGUAAUCCUAACUGGAAUCGGUUUGGGCACGGUUUUUCCACAAGUUUGCCUUCCCUGUGCAUUUUUGCAGUUGUGGGAUUUUCUUCUGCAUGUGUCUUCAACACUGAGGGUUUUCAAGGGAGAGUGCUGCCACACUGUGUUGUCAUUUGUGUUGUCACGUGGUAUUGCAGCCCCCCCUUUUUGACAACAAUGCUUUAAUUAUAGUUCUCAGAAUUCCCAGCUUUCUUUUUUUUUAUGUAAGUCUCUAACCAUUUCCCUUGCAGAGAUAUAAGGUGAAAGGCAUAUCUCCAUGACAGAAAAAAAUUAGAGACUUACAAUUUUUUUUAAAAAAGGAAACCUGGGAAUUCAGAGAACCAACAUAAACAUUCAUUAUAACACUGUAUCACUAUAUCGAUAUUUCAGUACUAGGUUUUUUUCAAUAAAAACAAAUCACUCAUCUUCAGGGUGGGGAGGAAAGGGAGUCUUUUGACAGUCUAAUAAUUGAAAAGUAGCCUGGAUGAUUUGAACCCCACCCCCUGCCCCAAAAAAUUUCUCUAUGCAAUACAUAAUGGAACAAACUGAAAAACUGUAAUCGUUUUCAGGCUAUAAUAUCAAUAGGAAGAAGACUAAAGUAGUUAUGAAAUUUUUAAUGAAGCAGGCAGAAGAUGCCGGAAAGAUUACAGGAUGUGUUGUACGGUUAAAUUCAGUUAACUAUUUGUGAAUCAAUUUGACUGGAUAAAAUGACAAAUUAUUUAAAGGCAAUUAUAAAAUAACAAGCAAUAAAGCCUGUUGUGCGACAAAAUACAACGGACUCUAGAAAACUGAGUCACCACCAGUACGCCUUGCCUGCGCUCACGUCAGUACGGCCUACCCUCUCCACUCGCACACCCGCACAGCUCUUCUGAUAACACCUUGCCUUUGGCUGAAGAUACAAGAGGAUAUACAAAGAUAUACAAAGAUAGUCUAAAUGGAUAAUUAGAACAAUUAAAAUGAACGCAUUAGUAACAUU